GGAGGCUUGAGGUGGGGAAAAUUUUAUGGAAAUGUGCAGUUUUUUGCUUUUCUGGAUUCUGUGGAUCAAACAGAAUGCAAGGAUCUUCAAUGGCAAAACAGAUUCUGUGCAUUUCCUUUGGGAUAGAGUUACUCUCAGGAUUCCUUUUUUUUUCGGCUCAUUGCUUUGUUUCUUUCAAGGAAUGUUCUCAUCAGAUCUUCAAAGGGAUUGGAAAAAGGGGCUUUACUGUAAUUGUUUCUUUUGUUUCUUGGCCCUUUCUUUUCUUUUCUUAUCUUUGUAUUAUUUAUGCCCUGUAAAAAAAAUGUUCUUUUGGAUGGAUUUCAUUGCCUGAUCCUUGAAAGGAUUGGAGGGUAGCUGCGGUAGCCACGGUCUUAAAUUUCGAUUUCGACUCAAAUUUUGAAACUCCAAAAAUCAAUUUAUGGGUUCACCAAUUGAAAUUCUUGAGGAUAGAUUAAAAUCUUUCAUUGCUCAGCUCCAAGCAGAAUAUGGAAUCCUUGAUAGAAUUGUCUACAAGAACAAGAAUCAGCAUCGUCGAUGUUUAUAUUUUCAGUAUCUUUUGAAGGUGAGGAGAGAUUUGAAACUUCUGCAAUCAGCUCACUUGGAGGAUAAUUUGAAUUCCUGCUUUCUAGUCAUUCACGGGAAGAGACCAAAACAAAAGGUGAAUCUUUUAGAAGGUUUAAAGAGGAGGAAAUGUGAGGGUGGAAAAUAUAAUUUUUUGGAGCGACUUUUGGGGACUGCUCGACUUCUGUCUCAGAUGAUUGAGCCAAUGCUGAAGGCAGCUAUUGAAAUAUCUAUUUUGCUUGCUCGGUCAUUUUUCAUGGGAUUUUCAAUUACUGUACUGGCUCUGAUUGCACGCAUUCGGGUUUUGGUUCAGCAAAUGUUACUUGAUGUUGUUUCCGUGUUCAACAUAGUUUCAUCUCUCUCUCACAAGGAGCAGUCAGUUAAAUUAAAUCAUGAUGGAAUAGAGAUUUUUAGAGAAUUUUAUCCAAAGAAAGAGGACGUUAUCACCCUUGAAUGUAUAUGGCAAACAGAUAAGUUUGUGUUGCAUGAGAGGGUUGAUAGGAGCAAGAUGGAAAAUCGAGAUGCAGAGCUUGGAGGUGGUCUCUCUUUGGGGGCAUCAGCUAUACAAUAUCAGACUAUCCAGACCUUUCUAGGAGAUGAAGAACCGAGUAAAGCAGACCCAAGUAACAAUGCGGAAGAAGGUUCUGUUACCAUUGCUGACGAUAAGACUAAUUCACAGGUGGGCCAAUCUGUAGAGAGUGGUGUCAGGAUGCUGGCCGAGGACUGUGAAACAGUGGGACAUGGUUCAAGCAUUGCAGCGUUCCCCAGCAUCAGCAGGAAACAUCCCCAAGAAGGUGGCUCAGGCUUAUCUUUGGCUUCCAGCGAAGAUCCUUUGAAGGAGAAAAAAACUGGAUCCAGGAAUAAAGUGGCAUUCAUCUCAAUAAAAAGGCCGGCACCGCCGCCAACCACUGAUGCAGCAAAAUUUCAAGGGAAGGAAAUCAACAUCACCAAUUCUGGGAAGGAAGAUCCUUUUCUCGAUCUGCUUUGUGAUGGAAACUUGAAGGAUAGUCUCUUUUAACUGCUGAUGAAAUUAACAAGCAGUUUUUAAAAAUCAAUUUUAUGAUUUAGUUGGCCAGUUUGGUAUAAUAUUUUUUUUUUAUUGUUUCAUUUUGACUUCUGAAAAUCAUGUACAAGUUUCGAUAAUAUGCCUUCUUGCUUGCAUUA